GGCUUGCCCCGAUCAUGCAGUGUAAUGGACUUGAUGAAACUGAUGAGUCAGAGGAGCCUGUACAGACAGUUCUGCUGUAUUGCAAAGCUGAAAGAACGCCUUCCAGUGUUUUGAAAAGUAAGAUGUCUUGCAUUCCAAAAUUGUUUAAGUAUGUGGACGAACACCAGGAGCUCUAUAUUGAGCGACUGGCAGAAUGGGUGGCAGUGCAGAGCGUGUCCGCAUGGCCAGAGAAGCGAGGAGAGAUAAAGAGAAUGAUGGAGAUUGCUGCCAAAGAGAUUGAACGGCUCGGAGGAACAGUGGAACUUGUGGAUAUUGGGAAACAAAAGCUUUCAGAAGGAGGUGAGAUCCCCCUGCCACCCAUCAUCCUUGGAAAACUGGGCUCAGACCCCAAAAAGAAGACCGUGUGUAUCUACGGCCACCUGGACGUCCAGCCAGCUCACAUUGACGAUGGCUGGGACACUGAGCCCUUCACACUGGUGGAAAAGGAUGGAAAGCUUUUUGGAAGAGGGUCCACUGAUGACAAAGGACCUGUGCUGGCUUGGUUGAACUGCAUAGAAGCUUAUCAGAAAACACAACAGGAGCUGCCAAUCAACAUCAAGUUCUGCUUCGAAGGAAUGGAGGAGUCUGGGUCAGAAGGGCUUGACGACCUUAUUUUUGCUCGCAAAGACUCUUUCUUCAAGGGAGUUGACUAUGUCUGCAUCUCUGAUAACUACUGGCUGGGCAAAAACAAGCCUUGCAUCACAUACGGACUCAGGGGCAUCUGCUAUUUCUUCUUGGAGGUGGAAUGCAGUGACAAGGACCUUCACUCGGGUGUUUUCGGAGGUUCAGUGCAUGAAGCCAUGACAGACCUCAUUGCCCUGAUGAACUCUCUUGUAGAUAAGAAAGGUAAGAUUCUUAUCCCUGGAAUUUAUGAGGCAGUGGCUGCACUAACUGAUGAAGAGAAGAGUUUGUAUGAUGAAAUCGACUUUGAUUUGAAGGAGUACUGCAGAGACGUGGGAGCCAACAGGCUUCUGCACACCACAAAGGAACAAGUUCUGAUGCACCGCUGGAGGUACCCAUCGCUCUCCCUGCACGGCAUUGAGGGAGCUUUCUCUGCUUCGGGAGCCAAAACCGUCAUUCCCAGGAAAGUGAUUGGAAAAUUCUCCCUUCGCCUGGUGCCUGACAUGGACCCAAAUGUCAUAGAGAAACUGGUUGUUGAUCAUUUGACCAAAAAGUUUGCUGAACGUGACAGUCCCAACAAGAUGAAGGUGACUAUGGGACAUGGAGCGAAGUCCUGGGUGUCUGACUUCAACCACCCCCACUAUGUAGCUGGCAGAAAGGCCAUCAAAACAGUCUUUGGUGUGGAGCCUGAUCUAACAAGAGAAGGAGGAAGCAUUCCUGUCACCCUGACUUUCCAAGAAGCCACGGGCCAAAAUGUCAUGCUGCUACCACUUGGAGCUUCGGAUGACGGAGCGCAUUCCCAGAAUGAGAAGAUCAACAGGUCUAACUACAUAGAGGGAAUCAAACUACUGGGAGCAUAUUUCCAUGAAGUGUCUCUUCUAGAGUGAUCUCAAUCAGGAUUUUCAACAUGCAGUUAUAAACGGUUUUAUCCAAUUCUUUUAAUUCAGCUAAAGUCAAAUAAAGGGCAAUACUGGAACCGGUA